GAGCCCCGAGUGGUGGGCACUGCAGCAGUCACGGCUCUGAGGCUCCCGGAGCUUGCAGGGUGUGUGGUUCCGUGCGCUGUCACGCCGCCUCACGCGGGCGCCUUGCCCGGGGCUCGGCGGCUGGCGCAGCGCAGCGAGAUCCGCUGCAGGAGCCGGGGACUGCGGGACUGGCCGGAGAGGCGUGCGCGCCGGUGUUCGACUGGAGAUCUCGGGAGCUCGAGCGGACCUGAGCAGCCAUGCUUCCCGGGGUGGGCGUGUUCGGCACCAGCCUCACGGCCCGAGUCAUCAUCCCGCUGCUGAAAGAUGAGGGCUUCGCGGUGAAGGCGCUGUGGGGCCGCACGCAGGAAGAAGCCGAGGAGCUGGCCAAGGAGAUGAGCGUUCCUUUCUACACCAGCCGCAUCGACGAGGUGCUGCUGCACCAGGAUGUGGAUUUGGUGUGCAUCAAUCUGCCGCCGCCGCUCACUAGGCAGAUCGCUGUCAAAACCCUGGGUAUAGGCAAGAAUGUCAUCUGUGACCGUACUGCCACACCACUAGACGCCUUCCGCAUGAUGUCAGCUGCCCACUACUACCCCAAGCUAAUGAGCAUCAUGGGCAACGUGUUGCGCUUCCUGCCAGCCUUCGUACGCAUGAAGCAGCUGAUUGAGGAGGGCUACGUGGGCGAGCUGCUGGUGUGCGAGGUACAGGUGCACAGUGGUAGUCUACUGGGCAAGAAGUACAACUGGAGCUGCGACGACCUGAUGGGUGGUGGUGGCCUGCACUCUGUGGGCACCUACAUCAUCGACCUGCUCACCUUCCUCACAGGCCAGAAGGCUGUCAAGGUUCACGGGCUGCUCAAGACCUUUGUCAAGCAGACGGACCACAUCAAGGGCAUCCGUCAGAUCACCAGCGAUGACUUCUGCACCUUCCAGAUGGUGCUGGAGGGUGGAGUGUGCUGCACCGUUACCCUGAACUUCAAUGUUCCUGGAGAGUUCAAGCAGGACGUGACCGUGGUGGGCUCCGCUGGGCGGCUCCUGGCAGUGGGCACAGACCUCUAUGGACAGCGCAAUAGCGCCCCAGAGCAGGAGCUGCUGCUGCAGGACACUACAUCCGUGAGCAACUCCCUGCUGCCAGAAAAGGCAUUCAGCGACAUCCCCUCGCCCUACCUGCGGGGCACCAUGAAGAUGAUGCAGGCAGUGCGCCAGGCCUUCCAAGAUCAAGAUGACCGGCGCACGUGGGACGGACGGCCUCUUACCAUGGCUGCCACCUUUGACGACUGCCUGUAUGCUCUUUGCGUGGUAGACACCAUCAAAAGGUCCAGCCAGACUGGAGAGUGGCAGAACAUUGCCAUCAUGACCGAGGAGCCAGAGCUGAGUCCCGCCUACCUGAUCAGUGAGGCCAUGCGCAGAAGCAGGAUGUCCCUUUACUGUUAGCACUGGGACCUGGUGGACUUGACUUGCUGCGUGGGGCCAGUUCGGGGAAAACGCACUGUGGAGUGGGUGGCCGUGGGUGGGGAUUAUGGAAGGGGCAGCAUGAAUGCACAGCAUAUAGGGUGAUCCCCAUCCCAAGUAGAGGGCCCAAGUCAAAGAUGGUGGUGGUGGUGGGCCAAUGUCUUAUUCAGAAGGGCGUGCCAUCCUAAUUGGGUAUCUAAUGAGAGGAAGAAGGUUUAACUAGGACCUUUGCAGUCUAUUACUGUGAGAAGCGAGGAGGGGCUGCCCCCUGUCCUACCUCAUCCAUCCACAGACCUUGGCCUUUGCAAGCCAAGGCUGUGUAUCAUAUGAGGAGCUCAGCCAGAGCUAGGCUCUCCAUCAGCGCCCCUCACUGGAAGGAGAUGACACCUCAUCAAAUGCCUACAUAGAGUUUUUGGAUUUUUUUGGUUUUGGUUUUGUUUUUGGUAGAGGGAGGUAGAGGAGGUGUGUGUUGUGGGGAGGGGGUUGCUUUUGAAAAAGUUGUAAUUCCGGGAAGCCACUGUGUGUUUUACUUUAAGGAACUGAAGGAAACGUGCCCUGCUCUCUUGGUUGCUUUGUCUUCUAGGAAGCAUUAGAUCUAUCUGGCUUGUUGCUAUUAGUGUGGUAUAGAGUAAUGGACAGCAAAAUGAGGCUGUGGCUGUACCUCUGAGCUGACCAAGAUGACAGACAAGCUACAGUGAGCUACUUCACAGUCCUCCUUUAGCAGGGGGUGGCUGUUGAUCCUGCCAGGAGGCUCUCUAGGUAGCACUGAGAACCACUAUGGCUUAUGUGGCAUGGGCUUAACUGCAGCUGCCUGCCUGGGUGGGGUGCCUGCAACCCUGGGUGUAGCAAUAUGGGUACCCCAAAAGAAGGGAACACGAGGCCAGCCCCAGAGUUGCUGUAAGCUCCAACUGCCAAGCUGAAGAAAGACAUUUAGGACUCCGAGCUUUGUAGGCUUAAACAAGAAGCCUGUGGCUUCACCCCGUAGAGUUCCUUUCCCUUUAAGAAGACCCAAGCCUCUUUUCCUUCCCUUUGGCCUUGGCUCUCAGGACUCUGACAGCUGGAAACUUCUGAAAAGGUAUUAAAACAAAAAGCCAACAGAGAACAUAAUUCUCAAGUGUUUCUAAAAUGGGGAUUCAGAACCUGGAGAGGUCUGUACAUAGGUGGAGAAGGUUCAAGUUGGAAAAAAAAAAUCAUCUUUUUCUUCCCCUCCUGGUCACCUAGCCUUUUUACCCUCCAUUUGAAACUAAAGAUGGCCAAGUACUAGCUUACAAAUAGGCAGAGACAAAGCCUAUUGUCACAUACACAGACACACCUCUGUAAAUGUUUGCUAUCCUCAAGUAUCCCUAAAACAUUCGCAGCUGGUCUUGAAAGGUCAAGCCAUAGACAUUUUGAAAAUGGGGGUGUUGUCUUUUCCUUGGAUGGCUUUGCUAACUUUCACCAGGCAUGUGGCAGUUUUGAAGCUGCCUGUGUAGACUAGUCCCUCUAAGUAGUCCACCUGAGUCCAGUCAGCAUUCCUCCCUGGGGACCUGGUAAUUCACAGAGACAGUCAUACUGGAGGUCACACACCAGCAGAAUCAUGGUCAUUUUCUAGCAUGAAGGGGCAGGUGUUGCAUUUUGAGGAACCCCCCCACCAUCAUAUGUGGUAAAGUUGGUCAGCUGAAACCUUCCUCAACUUUGAUUGGUUGCCACCCUUCAUAAAUAGUGUUCCAGGUUUGCAGUUUAUUGCAUCAGAAUAGCACUCUUCACACAGCCUCAUCAUAGACAUUUGCAGGGUUUAAACAAAAACUCUCAUUUGAAGCUAGAGAAUAUGGAAAGAAUAUGUAUUCUUUGGAAGAAGCAUGAGAGAGCAUUAAGGGUACUGCAAUUCUAUUGACUGGAAUGCACAUGGUAGAGGUACCAACAGCAGGGAGAGAUGGGGAGGCAGUUCUCUGAAAGUAAAAAUGGUGGCACAGGGGGUUAGGAGCUUCUUUAGUGCUCCUUCAGCUCUUGCCUUUCCAUGUGCAAAUUCUUGAUUGGCUGCAGCAGUGUAAGGCUGAAGUCCCAAGCUCUUGACAACAUUCUACAAAAUAACUUGGAUCUAAGUAAGUCCUGGCAAUGACCCAGACUACAGAGCCUGCUAGGAACCUUUAUAUUCAGUUUCCCCCGGCCUUGCUUGCUCCCAUCAUUUUAUAAAUAUGGCUGAUGGUCUCUACAAAAAGCCUGGUUCCCAGAGAUUUUAAAAAAUACACACACAUACAAUAUAUGUAUGUGUGUAUGUUUGGGAAUGUCCUGGGUUUGUCUGCAAAGUUAAGAGUCUAGGACUCCUCUGUGGUCACUGUCAGUUCCUCUAAGACUUCUUCUCAGUGGUAAAGUUGCAUCAUGGGGUUCCUCCAAAGCACAUCUUAGCUUUCCUGGCAGCACUUCUCUGUGUCAGGGCUUGUCAGCAUUCAAGGGACUGUGUCACCCGGCAGAGUAUUGUAGACACAUCAUUAUCUAUAAAAAUAGCAUUGGGUACUAUCUCAUUCCCUCCACAUUUACAUGAAGAUGUGACAUGCCCAAAGCCACACAAUUAGUGUGCAAACUACUACCUGUACUUCUGUUGUUCUGGCCGGGAAAAGCAUUCCUCCUGGAGCCCUGUAGGGGGCGUGCUCGCACCUCACAAAGCAACUGUAGGAGGCGUGGCCUGAGAUCCACAACAGCCCUGUAGGGGGCGUGCUCGCACCUCACAAAGCAACUGUAGGAGGAGUGCCCUGAGAUCCACAACAGCCGCCCGCUGAGCAGGAUGCCAGCAGGUUGGCAGUUACAGCUGUAGAAAGUAGUAGUUUUUCUUCCCCUUCCCAAAUGGAAAUGUCACUUGGCUGCUUUUAAGAUGACUUUCCCAUGUUGAUGUUUCAUUGUAAGCGACUCAGCAGCCCUGGACCCUGGGCCCUGGGGACUUUCUUAUCAUCACUGUCUAUCAUAGAUGGCCUUGGACUUGGUUGUGGGGCCUAAGUGUUGCAUAGGAAGACGUCUUUUCCCAGGAAGGGUGCAGACUUCGGGGUUUAGCUGUGCAUUGUACCAUCAAGCUCUUUCUUUGUUGAGUUCACUGACUAUAGCUAUUGAACUUGGGUUAUGAAUUAGGUUUCUGAUCCGUCCUCCUUUUCCAGUGGGUGCUGGAGGAAGUCAGCUCCAUUGAUGAUGAAAGGACUUCAGGAUUCAGGGUGUCAUCUAUCAAACACGUCAGGGAGGAACGUAAUGGCCACUGCCACCCACUUCCUCAGAGCCAGGGUUGGGGAGCCCAUUUUUCCUGAUUUACAGUUUGUAACUGACGUAUUGUACCUUCAGGGCUACCACACAGGGAGGGGAGGCUCAUCUAGGUCAUUUAAGCUGCCUAGUUGGUGAGCUCAGACCCGCACCACACCAGACAGUAUUCGCUGAGCUGUGACAGGAAAACUCAUAUUUUACAAAUGUGUUAUGUGUUAGGCAUAGAACCCUGGGCUCUGUGCAUGCUAGGCAAGCUCUCUACCACUCAGCCACACCCCCAGCCUCAAUUAAGUCUUGAAAGUAUUCAGAAAAGCUUGUAAUAACAAAAGGGUAAUCUCUAACCAUGCAUCUCUGUGGCGACUAGUGGACAUAGUCAGGUGUUCACCCUGAGGAGGACGGGAGGCCUGUUGUCCUACUGCUGGAUUCAAACCCUCUCUCUGACUAGCCCCUGACUCUUGGUCCAUUCACUGAUGAUUUCCUUUGCCCACCAAAACUCCAGAGGCUUGCAGGAGAGGGUGACAAUGGGGAACUUAACACCUGUCAGACAAUCCUGUUUGUUUCCUUUGGGCAAGGGAGGAGGAAGGGAGUCGUCAGGAGUCUGCAGUAUGGCUCCAGAGUCAUCUCCAGCACUUGUAUUGUUCUGCUGGCUCAUUCGGUUCAGCAUCCAGCAGGUGGGCCACACUCUGAGUCUAGCUGGGGCUUCUAGAACUUCUCUGCGGUGAUGUUAAGCCCUCCUGGGCUUCUCUAAGAGUGGUCGGUGGUCUCCUCAGAGUUUAUCGAUCUGAGUGACUGCAUUAGUAAAAAGAAGCUACCAGACCCAACUGGCCUUCUUCUCCCCUGCAUCAGGGUCCUUGUCUGCUGGAGCCCUUGAGAGGGCCACCGAAGCCUCUGGCUCUCUUCCAGGCUCCUGAUGCAUUGCAUUACUGAGUCCUCUCAAAUCUGCUGCAGCCCCUUGUUUACACCAGUAGGGAACAGAGUGAUAAAAAGAACCUUCUAGUUGAAAUGCUUGAUGAUUACUGCAGCGAUAAACCUUGCCUGGGCCAGUAGAGUUGGGAAAUCAUCAGGGCCAUGGAGUCACCAGUCACUGUUGUUUCCUGUGCCCUGUCUGGCUUUCUGCUGUCCCUGCAGCCACCACAAGGGCUAGGCUGUUCAAUGAGCCCUAUAGCUUCUAAGAAAUGCAGUGGCUUAUUUGUAAUACUGUGUGGCAUCCCAGGUGAAGAAGCAAAAGCCUAUGGCCUGAUCUACUCCUUUAUUCUGCCCUGUCCCUGGUUUAGGGGAGGGAGAACUUUCUAGCAAUUAUGGCUUUGUUUGCUGCCUGGUGCUUUUAUAGUCAUUUGUUUUCAUUUCCUUUUUUUUUUUUUAAAAAAAAAACAAAAACAAAAACAAAAUUGCAUUGGUUUGGUUGUCAUUGUCUAGUGUAUAUUUAUUGUUUUACAAACAUGGGUAUAUAUAUAUAUAUGUAUGUGUAUGUAUAAAACCAAACUUAUAUAUAUAUAAAAAGUCAAGGCAUGUAUAUUAGAUAUUUUAAAGUUAUUUAUCAAAGGGAAAAGAUGUGUGUUAUAAAGUAAAACAGAGUCUAUAUUUUAUAUAUAAUGUAGAUAGCAAAAAAUAGCUUAUAAAUUAUAGAAGGUUUUACUUUUUGUUUUCUACUAUUAAAAAAAAGAAAUUUAAAAUAGUGCUUGGUGUUCUCAAGGCAAAUCGCUACAGAGCUGGAGGUGGCUUGCCCUCCCUUGGGACCUGCAGUUCCAGGUUCCUGAGUGGAUGAUGCCCCACUGGUGCCUGUGUGAUGGAUGCUCUGGGCCAGGGUAGACAUGCUCAACCAGCUGCCUGGGCUGCUCUAACAUCACUUCCCCUGUCCAUGAAUGGUGUUGAUGAAUUGAGCAUUGGUGGGAGAAAAGAUGAAAGCGGCAAAUAAAGUCUUCAAAGAAGAGGUGA